UCUUGUCAAUUUCAAAAUGGCGGACGAAGGUGAUAUUUCUUGACGUUCGAGAAAAGUUCGCCCAGAUCCAUUCAAACACUCUGAUCCAACACAGGCUAUGUCAAGCAUGAGUUGUGCCUCUAGGCUUGCGUCUAUACGUGACUUCCUUUGCAAAAUAUUAAGUAUCAAAUAUACUGGCACCCAGCUUCCAAUCAAUGAAUUUUGAAGAGAAAAGAACGCGGGAAUUGCAAGUUACUCGCCCCAUUCUCGUGUGAUCGUGUCAAGACACUUGGUGGACAUUCCAAGGGGAAGGCGAGUUAAUGACAGCUCUCUCUGCGUUGUCAGUUCGCUGAAUUAGUUGCUGAAUCUUUGAGCCGAAUAUGUUAGUCCGCCGGCUGAAAUGCAUGGCUAUCUUCACACUAUUCGUCUUUGGGUUUUGUGAAUGGUUCAUUUAUUACAUCGUGCUGUAUCAGUGCUCCUGGCCUAAGCUCAGCCCAGAGAAACCAACCGACGCCAAAGGUGCACUAAGGGUAAUGAUGUUAGCUGACACUCACUUGCUUGGACCAAUUGAUGGGCACUGGUUUGACAAGCUGCGACGGGAGUGGCAGAUGAGGCGUACAUUUCAGACAGCCCUUACAUUAUUUCGCCCUGAAGCUGUGUUUGUAUUGGGUGACCUGUUUGACGAGGGAAUGACAUGUAGUGAUGAAGAAUUUGAGGAUUAUUUUGCCAGAUUUAACAGGUUGUUCUAUCAUCCAGACGAUAUUGAAUUUCAUGUGGUGUUUGGAAAUCAUGACAUUGGAUUUCAUGACAGGGCAAGUCAAGAUGAUCUCAAGUUAUACCAAAGAUUUAAAAGAGCAUUCAACAUUCCUCCUGCCCAGCUUCUUCGAAUAAAAGGCAACCUGUUUGUGUUUGUGAAUAGCAUAGGCCUCGAGGGAGAUUCCUGUUCAAUGUGCAACGAGACUGUAUCAGCACUGUAUAAUAUUGCAAGCAGACUUCACUGUGAUCGAAACCAUCAAAAGAGAACUGUACUGGAUGAUGGUGUAUUGGGGAAGCUGAGAUUUGAUAAAAUACUGGAAUGUGAGAUUCCAAGAAACUCUCCAGCACCCAUAUUGAUACAACACUACCCUUUGUAUAGACCCAAUGAAGCAGAUUGCAUCGGCCCAGAUGCCCCACCACCAGAUAAACGCACAGAAACAAAUCGUCCUCGCUGGGAAGUUGUCUCCCAAGAAGCAUCUUCCUUUCUUCUCUCUACCCUGCAGCCAAGAUUGGUGGUCAGCGGUCAUACCCAUCAUGGGUGUUACUUGGUGCAUGAAGGAGGCAUACCAGAACUUACUAUUCCAUCAUUCAGCUGGAGAAAUCGAAACAACCCAAGUUUUAUCUUGGCGGUGAUAACACCAGAGAACUAUGUUCUUGGCAAAUGUUUCAUGCCAGAGGAGUCCACCGUCAUAUACAUCUACAUCUUUUCUGGCCUUGUACUGCUGAUAAUGAACUUGUCUAUCGCUAUUACGGGUCUAAGGCGAUUUAUUAGAAGAUGCAGGAGACAGAUGUAUCGGCAGGAACUUCAGGGAGUCGCAACACGAUACUAACAGCGGCGUAGCCAGGAUUUUGAACAGGAGGGGGGCCAAAAGGGACUUUCAAGACAUUUUCUUCUGUAUAUUAGAUAAUGUCUCAUACAUUUACUGUAUAUUUGGCUGCUAAUAGGGGGGAGCGCCCCCCUAGGCCACCCCCCUGGCUACGCCCCUGACUAAAUCCACGUAAGCAGGUUCUUCAUCUUUUCUAAUGUGACUUUAAUGUGAAUCAUUCAGCUCAGAUCUUAGGCGAGUUUAUAGUGUAGAACCAGGCCCGUAGCCGGGGGGGGGGGGGGGGGGGGCUCGGGUGGUCGGAAGAACCAUCCCACUGGACUGGAAUGUCCGCUCUUAUGAAGGAAAAUUGUGCAUAACUACGAGCUAGGGCGAGCUACCUAAGAGAAAAUAGGCCGCUAAAUAGGUAAACGAUCCCCCCCCCCCCUCCCUUAAAAAAAAUCCUGGCCACGGCUUCGUUUUGCGAAGAAGCUCACCAAAAGGACCAUUGUACCUGGAACUAGGAAAUUAGCUGGGAAUUGUAGAAAAUAUAGUUGUUUAUUCAUGAAGCCUGAUAAGGCCCAAUGGUAAAAUUGUUUGGAAAAUCUCUUACAAAAAAGGAGAAGAAUAUCUGAAGAGGUCAAGGGUAAUCAAAAUAUUUUUAUUAGAAUUUUGUGGACGUAGUAUUUGAUGCUAGUUGUCCAACCGGCAAGUUCUGAGAUGCAGCGAAACUAGAUAGUAUACGACGCUGUUUGUCAAAUUUAUUUAGCCAAUCACCAUAGAAAUUAUUCAGUAUGUAUACAUCCCGAAAAAUCCAAGACUUUUUUUAUUUGUCCUGAUGGCCUUGUUUGCGCGUAUUCUAUAUAUAUAUAUUCUAUAUUUUUCUAUGACAUCAUAUUUUGAUCUUUUUAAAAGUGAUGUAAAAUAAACUUAGUAGCGCAGUGUU